AUGCUUUUCAAGGCGAGUUGGCGCUCAGCAAUUCCUAUAUCUCAUCAUUUAAGAUGUCUCGCAACCGACGCAAAAAGUGUGGAGAGCGCCGGCAGCGUGGUGUUCCAGCGUCUCUCAGGAGGGGACCAGGGCAUCGCCCUUUACGCCCUCAACAGUCCUAGGAACAAAAACGCUUUAAGUUUCGACCUCGUAAAUGCUAUGAGGGAAGUUAACUCUAUUCUAAAGGAGGAUAAGAAAAUUUCAGUCGUUAUUUUACAUAGCCUAGUCCCAGGAAUAUUUUGCGCUGGGGCCAAUCUAAAAGAACGGUUCAAAAUGAACGAUGAUGAAGUCGCAUCAUUUGUGCGAGGCUUGCGACAGACGUUCAUAGGAGUGGAAGAUCUGCCUAUGCCUACAAUUGCCGCUAUUGAUGGUGUUGCUGUAGGCGGAGGUUUGGAGCUGGCUCUAGCAUGUGAUAUGAGAGUGGUGGCAGAUAGCGCAAAGCUUGGUCUUGUAGAGACAGGAAGAGGCCUUAUUCCUGGAGCUGGUGGCACACAAAGGCUGCCGAGGGUCAUCCACAGUAACAUAGCAAAGGAACUUAUAUUUACAUCUAGAAUCAUUAGUGGCCAAGAAGCCAAACAACUUGGUAUCGUCAACCACUCGGUUCCACAAGAUGGCAUGAAUAAUGCGGCCUUUAAAAGAGCUUUAAGUUUGGCUCGUGAAAUUUCUACGAAUGCUCCUAUUGCAUUGAGAUGCGCAAAGAAAGCUGUCAAUGAAGGAUUACAACUACCAUUGAAAGAUGGUUAUGAAGUAGAGCAGAGGUGCUAUGAACUAAACAUUCCCACCAAAGACAGACAGGAAGGCAUGAUAUCUUUCAUGGAAAAAAGAAAACCACAGUACCAAGGCCACUGA